UUCUUCUUCUUCGCUCCUUAAACUGCUGAUGAGUUUCUUAAAGAUUCCUCCAAGUUUCUGAAGUUUUUGGGAGGAACAUUAAACGGAGCAGAGAGCGGAGGACAGAGGCUGGACAGGCGGACGCGCUGCUCCUGGACGUCUGGCUUCGUUCGAAGGAGGAAAGAGAAGAAGAAAAAAAGCGAAGACAAGAGAAAACGAGACAGAAGGAGGAGCCGAAGAAGAAGAAGAUGAGCUAACUCCCAGAAAAACUCCAGAAAAUCCCGCUUUUCCUUCUUUUUUCUGCUUUUAAUCGCUUUUAUUUCCCUUUAAGCGAAGCGGGUCGCUUUCUAACCGCUGCUGCAUCUUUUUGUUGAUGGAAGGAGAAAAGGAGAAGCAGUGGGAGCAGCGGGAAGAGAAGGACAGCAACGAGGCAGAGGACGAUACGAGGAGCGAUGAGGAAGGCCAGGAUGGCGGCUCUGAGGCGGGCAGUCCCUUCAUGCACUGGGAGGCUCUGAGCCUCUGCAUCGCUGAACUGGAGAAGCAGGAGGAGGAGAAAAAAGCAAAGGCUGCAGUGUGUCAGGAGCCAGGAAGCAGCGCUCUGGGCUGGAGGGAGGACAGAGGGACAUCAGCCCACGGUUGGGAGGACGGCAACGACGCCUGCAACAGCCACGUUCUGGCUCUGACCUCCCGACUGCACACGCAGAUGAAUCUCCAGCUCUGCUUCAUCAACGACAGUGAAAGUGAGGAAGAGGAGGAGGCCGAAGGGGGAAAGGAAGCGUGCAACAAGAAGAGCGGCAACUCAGAGAAAAGAACGACACCGAGUCAGAAGAACAUCCAGAACCCUGCCGGGCCCCAAGAGCCGCGCUCCAGAGGAUUCAGGAACACUCUGAGGAACCUUCGAGAUCGACUGAAAACCGACCACAGAAAAAAGACGGUAUCCUGUGGGGAACCUGCAGCGCCGCGGAAACGCUGGGAGCUCCGUGAUUUGGAGAAUCUGAGCCUCAAGCAGCUGAAUUCAAUCUGCGCGUCUCUGAGAAACAACAUUCAAGACCUGAGCUCGGAGUUGGUGAGUCGCCUCCAUGUCCGGGACCAGCUGAGGACGGAGCAGGACGCCAUGCUGCUGGAGGUGCAGGACCUGACCUCCCUGUGAUCCCUGCCUCCCUGUUUGGGUUUGCACGCAUCCAGGGUCGGCGGAGCCUCCUGAACCCCGCCGAGGAUGCAGACUCCUACCGCCGCGCCGUGGUUACCGACGUGUAAACUGGUGACUCAUCGGCAGCGGCGCACAGACUGACCUCUACGACCUCCGCUAACCGUUUAACACUAGAACUCCCACAGCCGUCAUUUGGACGGUUCUGAGAUUUUAAAGGGAAAGAACUUUAUUUCCAUUAAUUACAUGUUGCUCAUGUUUUCCUGUUUCUAUAUUUCCUUCAAUUUCACCUAAUUUUUUUUUAAUUAAAAAGUAAAAAAUCAAUCUGGUUAAUUUUACCUCGCUCUCCCACAGCCGUCAUUUUGGCGGCUCUAUUGGUUGAUUGACGUUCGGUACGGAGGAGGAUUAGGGCCACUGAAAAAAUUUUUAAAAAGUUCACUGAUUUUUACAUUUUAUUUCAGUUUAAGUCAGAAUUCUGACUUUUUUCCAAUAAUUUACUGAAAAAGAAUUUAGAUAUCAGUUAACUUUUUUUUUUUUCCAGUGGCUUUAAUCCUGUCCCGUACCGUUGCCUAGCAACCAACAUUCUACCUAGAACUCUUUGGCUAAUAUGGAAAAAAUGUCUUUCAGAGCAAAUCUAACUGCGAAACAGGCUUAAAAAAUGCUUCCAAAUAUUGAUGAUAGCGGCUCAGAUUCUGACAGCGAGUCGGAUCAACGCAGACGUAUCAGUGACGCAGAGAUUUUAUCCUUGAACCGGUAAAACAGUCGCUUGUCGGCCACAUGAGCUCCGCAGGUUAGCAGCCCCUCCCCCGCAGUACAGCCAGCGCUGGCGAGGCAGAGAAAACAUGGCCUGCACAAAACAACGCUCAUGUUUGUCAUAAAUGUGAAAAGUUCUGCGGGAAAUAUUUGGGAGAAUCGAUCAACUUCUGUAAAUAAAAUUAUAAUUUCAAACUAUAAACCUGUGUAUUAAAAUAGGCUCAUUUUUACUGAUUUAUUUUUAAUUAGAUACAGCCUUUGAAAAAUAUAUAUUAGACCUGUUUUAUGACAUCAUCCCUACUCAUGCGUUCCAUUGGGGAAAAUGUCCGCCGUCAAAUUAACGGCCAGCGGGAGUCGUAGCGUUAAACGCAUCGAUAAGAAAAUCAAAGACGUCACUUCUGACCUCUGAUGAUGAUGAUGAUGAUUAUUGGACCUUUAAAAGCCCGGUCUCUGUAGAUGCCGGCUCUAGCCGCCAUUUUUUUUGUUUACAGGAAUCUUAACUUGGUGUUUUAUAUUUAAGAUCCUUCAGAAAAUGUCUUAAAUUUCAAGUUCAAUCAUUUUUAGAAAGAAAUGAAGUUCAGUCUGACCUCCUUUCAUACCACCUUUCCUCAUCAGGGUACUAUGGAGCAAUUAUAUGCAAUCAUGUUAUUUAUUAUUUCAUUUAAUAACCUUCAGGAUCACAGUUUCUCCUAACUCUUCACACAUGGAAUACAUUCAAUUUAGAAGAAUUUAUUAACAAAAAUGAUUCAACUAAAAGUCAAACAUGUUUCAGUUAAAAACUCCUAAAGGAAAAGUCUCUCAUAUUCAGAAUUCUCUUUAUUAAUU